AAUCAGGGUUAAAAAGGGCAAGAAAGGUACAUCACCAUCUGUUACAUAAUCACCAAAAACCAAACAACCCUACUCAACAGACUAUACAGUCUCUGUAUUGACCCUGAAUUUUCCAGAUUGGGGACAGUGCAAGCCCUUAUCUUUCCCGCUGGCGGUAAUUCGCGGUUUGCUAAUUGGUAACAAGUUUGGUAUCAUUACAAAGCUUAGAAUUCAAAGAAUCUCAUGAUGCUGGGAGUUUUUUGGUUUUUUUAUGUGUAGGGGUACGAUAAAGGGGUCAAAACAUUCAUGUCAUCAUCAAAUCACCAUAUCAACAAAAUCUCAACAAAUCAUGAUAUCAAAAUGCAAAAAAAAUCGGAUUUUUUAGACAUAAUUUCAGAGCAAAAGUACUAAACUAACGAUUCAAAUUGCCACAAACACUGGUGGAAGUCAAAAUCUUGUGUGUCACAUGAUUAUGACAUGAGCAGUACUUUCCACUUUUGGCUUCUGAGAUUCAAAAUGGCCGCGCGCAUCGUACGAUCAGGCAGGUUUCAAGACACAUUUCAAGUGCAAAAUAUCUGGCGAUUCUAACCUCAAAUAAGAAUGUAAAGUGAAAAUUUCCUAUUUUAAUUUAAUAAUCUUCGGAUUUUUGUGGGUCAGAGUGUUACUGAAUUAAUAUUUAAAGACUGGAAAAGAGUUUUCUGAGACCAUGUUUUACACAGGGGCAGAGCAUACCGAUGCGAACGCGCGGCUGGUUUGGCAUCGCUACCACUGGCCUUCGUUUACAACUUUUUCCAGACUCACAGUUUUCUGCAUCAGGAAUGUCUACAAGCAAGGAGGAACAAGAGGAGGAGAGGGAAGUGCUUCUUUCAAUCUAUGAUGGGGAUGAUUGCUUCAAAGCCGUCAAUGACACAACCUAUCAGUAUAGGGUUGGAGAAAGUGGAGACUUUAAAUCCUUCAUGGUAGAAGUGAGUUGGGAUGAUGACUAUCCCUCAGUAUCCCCAGAAAUCAAUCUAGAUGCCUUCUUCAAUAAUCACAUAUCUGCAGCUGUAAAAGAAAAUAUAAUUUCCAAAAUGAAAGAAGAGGCAGCACAGUGGCUAGAUAGUGCAAUGACCUUUACCUUAUUUGAGUUUGCCAAAGAGAAUGCAGAAGACUUGAUGUCUGCUCAAGAAGAAGAAGUAAUUGUACCAAAGGAAGAAAAGGAAGAGACUGUCCAUGUUCCUUUGGUUGCUAAGGUCAAAGAGAAGAAGGAACAACUCACCAAAGCUCAGAAGAGAAGAAUUACUGAAAGAACAAAUUUUAAGGGUGAAAGACCAAGAGGAUGGGACUGGGUUGAUGUUAUCAAGCAUUUAAGUAAGUCAGGAUCCAAGCCAGAUAGUUGACAGUGAUUUCAUCAAGGCCAGAGACACAACUUACCAAUCAGAAGCCUUCAUAUAAUGGUACGACCAAUGAGAAGCCUUCUUCAUACAACUUCCAAGAUUGGUGUAUACCCAGCAAAGGAAGUCUGACUGGUUUUUAUUGUGCAAAUAAAGGACUCAACAUAUACAUGCAUCUAUUUUAUUGGUAUUUAGAGUAUGUGGAGGCUAUACUGCAGGCUUCAAGCAGAAGCAAUACGCCAUUGAGGGGUAUUGGCUCGUACAC